GUAAUUGAAAAUUAGGGUACACAUAACUGAAAGAGAAGUGUUUAAAUAUAUUUCAAAUAACAAAGAAAAUUGUCAUUAAAGAAAGAGAAAUAAAAUAAAAUAAAUUAGAAUCCAAUUUCCAAACAAUUAGUAGGUGGCAACGCUAUAUCGAUACACGAAAGCACGUGGAUGUAUGGCAUGUAUAUUUUAAAUUUUAUUAAAAUUGUUAAGUAUGGAACGAACAACUGAUGUCUUUGUGAAUAGUUCAUUAUCUAACAAGAAAAGACUUUCAUCACAGCAGUUAAAUGAAAAGAAAUAUAAAGCUCAACAAUAUCAGAUUAAAGCUGCUCUUGCAAAAAUUGACUGUAAGACAUCUUUGAAUAAAAAAGUUGUAUUUGAUUCAGAUGAAGAUGAAAUAAAACAACCAUCUAAAAUAUAUAAUGGUCAGCUUGAAAAAAGAAAACUUUUUGAUGAUUCUGACAGUGAUGAAUCUGAAAAUGAAUCUAAAUUGACCAAAGAGCAAAAUUUAAAUGAUUUGUUUCGUGUAAGAGCACAAUUUGAAGGGAAAAAGGGACAAAAGUUGUUAGAAUUACAAACACGUUUUAAAAAUGAUGAAAGAUUUCAACUGGACGAAAGAUUUCUUGAAAGUGAUGAUGAUGGUGGAAAUGAAAAAGAAGGACUUGAGAAAUUAGAAACCAUGGAUAUUUUAGAAGAAAGAAAAAGGAAUUUUGAAAUUCUACAGAAUGUUAUUGGUGUGCAGUUUCCAAUUGAGCCAUCUAAUAAAAAAUUGAAGCAAAAUUAUAAAGAUAUGAAUAAAUUACGCUAUGAUCCAACAAGUGAAGAUGCAAAGAAAUUUGAAUUAAAGCGUGAACCAAAACAAAAGGACUCAUUGAAAAAGUAAUAAUAGA